GUACACUCAUAAAUUAGUUACCGUACUGGAUUGAUUGCAACGCAUACAUCAAAAUGGAAAACUAGCAUUUGUAAUCCUCAACAGCUGAAAAAUGACCAUCUUAACCAACGUUGAGAAGCUGUUUGGUUUGUUAUUGGUUUCAGCACUGAUUUUGCUGCAAUUGACUGCUGGCAAUCAUUUACCUAGUCAUCGAUUUGAUUACCCAGAUGAGGACCUAACAAUUAAUGAGCGCUUUUUCAAUGAUGUUAGAGCGCUUAUAAAACGACGGUUGAAGGAAAAUGCAGCUCUUCAGGAACUCCAUAUAGAUGGCGCUAACACCAAUAACAACAACAACAAUGAAAUUAUACCCCUUGAAACGAGCAAUACAAAUACUGAUGCACCACCACCCACCAUUCCAACACCCGUUUUAGUAGAGAACUGGCCAACUUCAGAUCAUUCAUUUGGACAAGUAACAGCUGUUUCCAUCGACCCACAGGGUAACCCAGUAAUUUUUCAUCGAGCUGAUAGAUAUUGGGAUGCAAACACUUUUAACGAGAGCAACAUAUUCUAUUUAAUUGAAUAUGGGCCCAUUAAGGAGAAGACAAUUUAUAUACUGGAUCCCAAAACAGGUGCAAUUAAAUCUGGUUGGGGAGAGGAAUUGUUUUACAUGCCACAUGGAUUGACAAUUGAUGUACAUGGUAAUUACUGGAUGACAGAUGUAGCAAUGCAUCAGGCUUUUAAGUUUAAACCUUUUGAAACUCAUCCACAAAUAAUUAUUGGUAAACGAUUCCAACCCGGCUCAUCUGUAUAUCAUCUAUGUAAACCCACUUCGAUAGCUGUUGCAACAACUGGUGAGUUCUUUAUUGCUGAUGGUUAUUGUAAUCAAAGAAUUCUGAAGUUUAAUGCAGCUGGACGUUUGUUGCGAACUAUACCCCAGCCACCAGAAUUUCUUUCACUUCAAGUCCCACAUGCAAUAACUUUAUUGGAACAUUUGGAUUUGUUGUGUAUUGCCGAUCGCGAAAAUAUGAGAGUCGUCUGCCCAAAAGCUGGCCUGAAGUCCUCACAAGGUGAGGGUCAACCUGCAGCAACUAUACAGGAACCAGACUUAGGACGAGUUUUUGGUGUGGCGGCUUAUGGUGACAUUGUAUAUGCAGUUAAUGGACCCACAUCGAUGUUACCAGUACGUGGCUUUACAAUUGAUCCACGUUCUGAAGCAAUUAUUGGACACUGGGGUGAAUUCAAAAAUCCGCACUCCGUAGCUGUAUGUGUAAAUGGAUCAGCGCUAUAUGUAACGGAAAUCGGUACCAACCAUCAAACCAAUCGCAUAUGGAAAUAUGUACUAGUAUAAACGUUGAAAAUGGAAAUGGAAACUAAAUAAAAUAAAUUCACUUAUAUAAAAAAAGAAGAAGACCAGUAACUUAUAAUAUAGAAAGAUGAGUAGAACAACAAUAUAUAUAUAUCACUGUGUAGCCCUGCAUAAUAAUGUUGUUAUAUCAUAUCUAAUAAUAUUAAUAAAUAUUUACAAUUUCA